AUGGCGGACUCGGACGACGAUUCCCCUCUCCUCGGCGACCGGCUGGAGAGACACCGGGUCGCCCUUCUACCUACAUCACAGGCGCCUUCAUCAGCAGCAGGCCUAUCCCAAUCUCCCAAGCGACCGUUCCCUGCCGAGCUUAAAUUGAGCAACGCACCUGCCAAGAGAGCCCGAUCGAGCACGUCCUCCACCGCGCGAGUCAAACCGAUCUUUGCCUUCGGCAGGCGCUCGUCAACAGUGUCCCCGUUCGCGCCCCUCGAGCCCCUCGCGCCCGGCCUCAACCGCUUCGCGCCGCCUUCCCGUCGCCUUCUGCUAGGCACUCCCCCCAGCGCCUCCGACAGCCCCCGCCGCCCAGAGUCUACGUCGGACGCAGCCGACGGAAGUCGCGACCCCCUGCUAUACACCCAGCUCUGCAUCCGCGAUGGCACCGCUGGCCGCCUCACCGCCCCACCCGAGUAUCACGACCUCAUGCAGGUGCUCGUAGGCCCGCCGGCCCUUGCCCAAGUGGCUGGAGGCGAGCGAUUGGCGAUGGAAUACAACUAG